AUGUUUUAACUGAAUAAUAACGAGAAAUAGAUAGAUUUUAGAAAAUAUUAAAUGGAGCCAAUAGAUCAAAUAUACUUAUCAUUUAGUCCCAAUCAGGAAGAAUAAAAUACACUCAAUCUAAAAACAGAAGAAAUGUCAAUUCCAAAUAUAUAAUCUUUUUUUACUGAUCAUACUAAUAUAUUUGAUUAAAAAGUAGGUUAUUUUUAAGGAUCAGUUGAUAAUUCAGAUCAAUUUGAUUUCUAUCUAAUAUCUAAAAUUGAAUUAGUUAAAUUACUUAAAUAAAUAGAUGGCUUAUAAAAAAUUAAACAAAAUUUUGACACUCUCAAUUAUUAAAUUUAAUCAAUGUAAAAGUAAUCAUAAAAAUACUUCUAAUAACCUUCUUAAAACACAUUACAAAAGUCUAGUACAACUUUAUAAGGUUCAGAUUAAAAAGCGCGAAAUUUAUAAUAAAGUUAAAUAAUGAAUGAAGGUUAACCUCAUAAAGAUGUUAUUAGUGUAAGAGCUUUAGUUGGUCAUAGAGAUAACUCUAUACAUUAUAAUAAUAAUAAAGAAAAUAACUAAGCUUUAAUAAAUAAUUAGAGAACAACUAGUUAAUAAAAAUAAUAGAACAGUUAGUAGAAUUAUUCUUCUGUUAGAAAAUUAAAUUAACCUUUACCUUCAAGACAAAGAUCAUAAACACAUAUACAUAUGAAAUAUAUAAAUUGA